AUGCCGCCGUCGAACAGGGACAUCGAGAUGAGCAUCUUCCCGAUCAAGGAGGACUCGCUGGCGCCUGGGAGCAGCUACACGAUGCGCGAGCCGCUGUACGAGGAAGUGGCGUCGUCGUCGCGCACCCGGUUCUUCGAUCGCAUUGUCGACGGGUUCCGUCGAGACCCGAAUCAGCGCGUUACGCCGGAAGACCCGCUCGACGCGAUACAUGCGGUGGAGGCGGCGCAGUUGCGGGCGCCGAUGCUUGGAGGGGGGGAGGGGGGGAGGGGCUCGUCGUCGGGGUCGUCGGGGGGUCAUAGGUAUGAUGUUAGGGCGGCAAAUUUGCAGACUGCGCAGUCGCAUCUUGCGCGGAAGCUGAAGGGCAGACAUUUGCAGAUGAUUGCGAUUGGGGGGUCUAUUGGGACCGGGUUAUUCGUCGCUUCGGGUCGCGCACUUGAGGUUGGGGGCCCGGCGUCGCUGUUGCUUGCGUACCUGUUCAUCGGAUGCAUGUUAUACUGUACCGUGCAGGCGCUUGGCGAGCUGGCCGUCUCGUUCCCUGUUGCUGGAUCUUUCUCUGCGUACUCAACGCGCUUUUUAGACCCGUCGUGGGGGUUUGCUAUGGGUUGGAAUUACGCCCUGCAAUGGCUGGUCGCGCUACCCCUCGAGAUCAUCGCCGCGUCGAUAACUAUAACGUAUUGGAAUCCGGAUCUAAAUAAAGCAAUUUUCGUGACAAUAUUUCUAAUCGCGGUUGUUGCGAUCAACCUGUUUGGGGUCAAAGGCUACGGAGAGGCCGAAUUUGUCUUCGCCAUUAUCAAGGUUAUUGCUGUGAUUGGCUUCAUCUUACUAGGAAUCGUCCUGAAUAUUGGCGGUGUCCCAGGAGGUGGGUAUAUAGGGGUUUUAUAUUGGCGAGAUCCAGGCGCAUUUCACAAUGGCUUCAAAGGCCUCUGCAGCGUUUUCGUCACAGCAGCAUUUGCCUUCGCCGGGACAGAACUAGUCGGGUUGGCCGCAGCCGAAACGGCAAAUCCGCGCAAGUCCUUGCCUACUGCUAUCAAGCAGGUGUUCUGGCGAAUUACUAUAUUUUAUAUCGUAGCUCUAUUUCUCAUCGGGUUACUCGUGCCCUACAAUGAUCCACGUCUUCUCAUUCCCGGAUCGGCGGUCGCGGCCGCGUCGCCUUUCGUCAUCGCCAUCGAAAAUGCAGGCAUUGAGGUCCUACCUUCGGUAAUGAACGUUGUCAUCCUAAUCGCCGUCUUAUCCGUCGGAAACUCUUCCGUGUUUGGCUCUUCGCGAACUCUCGCCGCACUGGCAGAUCAGAGGCAAGCACCGAGAAUCUUGUCAUAUGUCGACCGUCGCGGACGGCCUUUGGUUUCCAUCAUAAUAUCAUCUUCGAUGGGUUUCCUAGCUUACCUCGCGGAUCUUAACGAACAAAGCGUCGUGCUCGACUGGCUCGUCGCUAUAUCGGGCCUCUCUUCCAUCUUUACCUGGGCCUCCAUCUGCCUAGCGCACAUCCGGUUCCGCCGCGCCUGGGCCCUAAAAGGCCAUAGUCUGCGCGAGCUGGCCUUUAAGUCACAAUGCGGCGUGUUCGGAUCCUACCUCGGUCUUUUCUUCAACAUCCUAGUCCUCAUCGCCCAGUUUUGGGUCGGCGCUCGUCCCGUCGGCUGGGAAGAGCUCUCGCCUAGCGAGCUCGCGCAGAACUUCUUUCUGCAGUAUAUGGCGUUCCCGGUGGUGGUUGUGUUUUACGUCGCCCAUAGGUACUGGGCGCACACCUCGUUUAUUAAGGUCGCUGAUAUGGAUAUAGAUACGGGACGGAGAGAUUUUAAUCUCCCGAUUCUGCUUGCGCAAGAGGCGGAGGAGAGGAAGGUGUGGCCGAAGUGGAAGAGGAUGUAUAAGUUUUUGUGUUAG